UCUUCUGCCUGUCCCUGAGGUUGUGAUCCUACAGUGUGUGUGGGAUCACCGAGCGGUCAGACGCGCAGACGGCGGACUCCCUUUGGUCCUUUAAACUCACAGGAACCGAAGCAUGGAGCAUGCAAUGUGCUCUGUGUAAAGGUUGGGGAGGGCGGAUCACUGCUGGAUACCCCUGCUGUCCAGCACCCCGGGGUCGCGCUUUGUUUGCAGUGAAGACCCACAUUUUCAGAUUUCCACAUAUUCUGAAAAUGGAUCCUUUACGAAAUGGGAAUACGUGUGAGGAGGACUCGCAGUGUGCUGAGCUGGAAGAAGAACAAGUGGAUCCAAGAAUCCAGGGAGAACUGGAGAAGUUGAACCAGUCUACAGAUGACAUUAACCGCUGGGAGAGUGAGCUGGAGGACUGCCGUCAGCGGUUUCGUGCCGUGCUGGUGGAAGCAACGGUGAAACUGGAUGAGCAGGUGAAGAGGAUCGGACGAGCUGUGGACGACUCCAAACCUUACUGGGAAGCCCGCAAAGUAGCAAGACAGGCCCAGGUUGAAGCCCAAAAGGCCACUCAGGAGUUCCAGCGGGCGGUGGAGAUCCUGCGGGCAGCCAAGGAGACCAUUGCCCUGGCCGAGGAGAGGCUGCUGGAGGAGGACAGCCGCCAGUUUGACUCUGCCUGGCAGGAAAUGCUCAACCAUGCCACACAGAGGGUGAUGGAGGCCGAGCAGGCGAGAACACGCAGUGAAGCUGAACACAGAAAAACAGCAGCCAAUUACAAUUCCUGUAUCUGCCACAUGAGGCAGUUAGAGAAGAAACUCAAACGCUCCAUCAACAAAUCCAGGCCGUAUUUUGAACUGAAAGCCAAGUAUUAUCUACAGCUUGAGCAACUAAAGCGUCAUGUGGAUGAGCGUCAGUCCAAACUGGUGGGGGCUAAGGCCAACUACCGCGCAGCACUACGCAACUUAGAGAGCAUCUCUGAAGAGAUCCACGCCCAGCGACGCUCCCUCGCCAUGGGAACCAGGGAGCAGGGUGUUGGUGCGGAGGGAGAUGGGGGCAACGAGGACAUCGCCAACUUCAAGAUGGAGUCAGACGGUCUGUCAAUGGUGUCCGUAUCAAUUGAUGAAGAGGGCAGUCACAGUUGCAGCUCAGAGGAGGAGAUCGACUCUCAUUCCACCUCCUCCCCCCGAGCUAUGCCCUCCUCACCUUCCUCAUCCUCCUCCCAACCUUCCACCUCUGCCUCCACCCCUCUGGACAUGCCCUGCCCUUACCCCUCCUCCUCGCUCCACACCUCCUGCUCGUACCUCUCCUCCUCUUCCUCUUCCUCCGUCCACUCCUCCUCCUGUCCCGGUGGACUGGAGUUAGCGAGCCCAUGUAGCUCUCAUGACCCAGACUCAGUGUGGGGUUCAGGGCAUGCCUCACCUCUCCUGGGUCCCCGCAGCCAGUGCAGUGGAGCUUCCUCUCCAGACUGUGACCAGGAGAGAGGUGACAGAGCAGAGGGAGCCGAGGCGACGCUAGAAGCCGGUUUAAAAAAGCUAACAUUGACUGUAACACAAAAACAAGAGGCGGACUCUGGGGAUGAACAAGACCCCCAUUUUAUUAACCCUGAAACUUCCUCUCCCAGCUCGGCCACUACCAUUCUGUUACUUAACAGUGUGUAAUGAACGUCCAUCGCACUUAAAACACCUACUGUGCCCAGCUUCAGGCCUCAAACCGGACUCUGUGGCAGAAGACGUGGAGCACCGCAGGAUGAAAUGCUCAAUCUGAGAAAUGAUAGAGCAACCUGCACACUCCAAGCUCCAUCCAACCUGACAUUAUGUCUCCAUAUAGUCUAAACAUCUGAUGGUGUCAUAUUAAAGGUGCUAUACGUAGUGUAUUUAAACUUCAGUACAUCAUUGUCAAAUACAUUGUGAACCUAUAUUGUAAACAAAGCAGGGACAGUGGGAUUGGUCUCUGUUGGUAUUAUUAGUGCUAGCGUUAUUCAAAAGACUGCAUUUCCCAUAAACCUCCUUGCUUCUUGUUGCAAAAAAGAGGAUGUAGCUUGUUGUCAUUGACCCGAUUUCCCUAGCUCUGUUUUUGCUAAAAGAAAAAUUUGUCUAUUUUGUGCCACAAAGAAGAGUGUGUUAUACAGCAGAAUGGCACCUUUUCUUUCCUUUGGAAUAUUGUACAGGUUGUUACUACAAUAAUGGCAUUACCUAUCUGCAGCUUUAUAGUAAUGUGUCAAAGUUAAUGUGGUAAACAUUUAGACUAUUGGCAUGACAACAGUUGGCACCAUUAAGUCAGCAGUAAGCCUCUUUUUGGAUCUGAAUCACCACAAGACGAUCAAAAUGGGACAACAUAAUCAGUUGGAUGUUGGAUUAUGUUCUGCCUUCAUCAUUGAGCUCCUUCUGUAGCUCCGAAAUGUAAAGUUGAAAUGUAGAAUGUGGAGAAUAUUGUGGAGGAAUAGUUAUCAAGGAGAAAGGUGGAGUGCAGAGACUGAACACAAAUGGUCUUCCAUUUGGAUUUGUGAAUAACUGAGUGAAUGUUUAAGAGUGCAGCUCACCAUCUUAGGUGGCCGUGAUUGAACUAAUGAUGUUUUGAGUGUUGUCUGUUCUGUUUUGGAAAAAGGCUCAAAUACUACCCUGUAGUACAGAUGUAUAUUUAUACUAUAAUGAUUUAUACUCAAAUGUCAUGCUCUAAACUUACACUUUUGUUUGUCUGGGGAGUUGGCAGAACUCAUACACAAUAGCAGGGGUUACAGGAACCUGAGUCCUCUCACACACAGCUGUCCCUUACUACCACAGUUGAGUGUGCUUUGCGCACUAGCAAUGACUUAUUUCAACAUUUUGGGAAAUACCCUAUUUUGUCGUGAGUCAGAUGAUGUCUUUAGAUGUUUGUGCAGUAAAUAUGCAGUUGCCUGGCUCUCCGCUUACCUGCACCUCUAAAGCUCACCAAUUAACGCUUUAUACCUCCUUAGUUUAAUCGAAGUGUAAAAACGUUUUAAAGGGGUUAUGCGUUUGACCGUCAAUAGGCUCUGAGCAGUUGUCAGGCAGCCAGCAGAAACUCCAGAAAGAUACUGCUCCCAGCAAAGACAUAUUCCUAUGAGUAAGUGUAUUUCCCAACCGGUCAAAUGAUUCCUUUAAAGGUAAAGGAACAGAUUUUCCCAGAAAGACAGUGACAAUACUAAAUGUCAAAUGCCAAAUGAGAAUCCUGCAGCACUAGGAAUCUAGAAACCUAAACCUGUGAAAUCAUAACAUUAUAUUUACUGUAUUGGAAGGCUGGUUAAAAGUCUGAAACUGAUUUGUCACAAUAUUCACCUGACUGCAUUAUAAUGUGUACAGAUAUGAGGUGCAUCUUCCCUUUUUCUCCAGUCUUUUCAGUCUGUUUCACCCACACAGUACUUAAUAUUAAAACCUGAUAUAUCAACUGAUAUUAGCUAAUCGCUGAUAUAAUGUAUUAGCCAAUAUGAUGAAGAAAAGGCUACUUUAAGUAACAUGUAAUUGCAGUACAAAAUGCCAAUGUCAUUUACAGAUAGUGUCUUUAUUUUAUAGUUUGUCCUACAGAGAGCACUGACAGA